GGUUAGUUCCUGCCAGUAACUUUGUAUUGUCUGGCUUUGGUAAUGUGAACAGAACUGCCACAUGCAGCCCUUCUAAUUAGUGAAUUCAGCUACUUUACGCUGCACCCAUAGCUGACACAGCAUCCAGUUGCACACACCCAGCUUCAUCAUUUCCAUAGAAGAGCACUGCGAUUAGACUGGGCCGCUAUGGAGCAGCUGCACAUGAGUCUGAGGUCACCAUGCCCAAUACCGAGCGCCAGUAAGAGGGGUAAAAAGCCCCAUAAGCAUUGUGGAACCGUGUGACUGUGUUCUCUGGAGUGAUGAAGCAACAUUCAAAACCUUUGGGAUGAGUUGGAGUAGCAUUUGUGAUCCAGAAAUGAUCAUCCAACAUCAGUACUUGACCUCACUAAUGCUCUUGUGUCUGAAUGCAAUCAGUUGUUUACAACAGUGCUCCAACAUCUAGUGUAAAGUCUUUCCAGAAGAGUAGAGGUGGUUAUUACAGCAAAGAGGGAACAAACUUUAACAUCCUUGAUUUCAGAAGAAACGUGUGAAGAACCUUUGGACAGAGAGUGAAGGAACAUACACAGUAGCAAGUAUAGUGGACAUCAGUGUGUUCAUUGUUAAUUAUUACAGCAAGAAAAACAGAGAUUGUUAAUAACUUGUCAAUAAUUUUUCAUGCUAAAACCAAGGCAUGAGGGUUGAUUAAGUGAAGCUGCACUUCUCUACUUGACCACUAGAUGGUGGCUUUUUCUAACCAACUGCCCUGUGCUCUGUGCUCACAGUUGGUUAUUAGACUGUAUACUAUGUAUUUACCUUCAUUUUAAUAAUGUAAAAAUAUAAAUUCUCACGUGGCUUGCAUGGUUAUUUUAAAACAUGCUAUUUUAUUUUAAGACAUUUGAAACAUUCUAAAUAUAAUGUUAACAAUGUUUUAACCCAGUAAAGUUCAUACAGAGGCAUAAAUGAGCAGCAGAAUUAGUAAUACAACACUUCGACACUGCCUUAUCAACCACAAAGUCUCUGGGAAUGUGCUAAUGUGCUCGCAAAACAUGAAACAUGGUAUGAAGGGGAAAAACCAGCGUGCGUUAACUUUUAUUCACACCCGUAUUCCGACAAACCCCGCCUCUCCGCUUGUGAGUGCGCAUUAUUAGCCAAUUAUAGCGCAAGGGGGCCUUGUCGGAAUACGGGCGUGAAAGAAAACAAAAAUAACGUUUGACUCUGCUUCCCACACACAGUCCAGCUCGAGUGAACCGCGCGUCUGCCGUCUUUGGCUUUCUGAAACGGAGAGUGUCACAGCGACUUUAACGGCAAGUUCAGAGGCCAAAUGGCCCUCGGUCCAGUUCGCCUGGCACAUUCGGGCCAUCACUGAACGAGGCAGCAGAUGGCUCUGUCUAAAUGGCACUGCAUCGUCUGAGGAUACUAGUUGUGCCUGUGUGAGCCGUAGCGAGCAGUUGUAGCUGAACAUGAGCGGCGGGGAGAUCAUCUGCCAGGGCUGGCUGAGGAAGUCUCCACCGGAGAAGAAGCUCCGAAGAUAUGCCUGGAAGAAGCGCUGGUUUAUCCUCCGCAGUGGACGCAUGAGUGGAGACCCAGAUGUUCUGGAGUACUACAAGAGUGACCAUGCCAAAAAGCCCAUUCGCAUCAUAGAUCUGCACUGCUGUGAGCAGGUGGACGCUGGUCUCACCUUCAAACGUAAAGAGUUCCAGGACAGCUUUGUGUUUGAUAUCAAAACAGCUGAAAGAACCUUCUACCUGGUGGCAGAGACGGAAGAGGAGAUGAACCGCUGGGUUCGUUCCAUCUGCCAGCUCUGCGGAUUCAAUCAGUCCGAGGACAACCACGAUGACAGGCCAUCCACUACCCACAUGUCCCGCUCCAUGGCCGGUGACCUUAGCAGCUCUUUGGCUCCUCUGAUUGGUGAACGUAAAUCUUCUGCGCCCUCCCAUUCCAGCCAGCCGAUGCUGUUCACCUUCGACAUGCCUGUACGCCACUCCCACGGCCCCCUGUCCAACAGCGCCCCCCAGGACUACCUCCUUCUUCACCAGUGCAUGAGCCGGAAAAGUGAGAGUGCUCGGAGUGCCAGCUUCUCCCAGGCCUCACGUGGGAGCCUGCUGGUGGGCAGUGACUCAGCUGUUCAGCGCCUCACUCAUGGUCUCUCGCACUGUCUGAAUGGGACGGGCGCUCAGCUGCACGGUUCCUACAGUCUGCCCAAACCCAGCAAGCACCAGCAGCUAGGAUCUCCCCGGGACGGCUGCUACGUUUUGCCCCGUGGCUACAGCUCAGAGGGGGCUUCUGAGCUGGAAUCUGAAGAAGUCUACACCUACAAGACGCCCUGUAAUGCCCUGGCCACCUCACACUUCAUUGAGCAACGCCCUACAGACAACUAUGACCUGCCCACCACACCUGGAUCAUUCUAUCAGAUCCCCCGCACGUUCGACAGGAAUCACAAUGCCUUGACGCCAUCCAGUGCAGAUUCAACUGGCGGCCCACCACCUAGACCGCCCAAACCCAGCCAAAGCUCAGAGACUCGCUGGGGCAGCCCUCAGUCACUGGGUGGUCAGAAUGGAGAAGUGGCCAAUGUUUCUGUCAUUCCAAGGAGGAACACACUUCCAGCAGUGGAGAACAUCAGGCUUCACAGAGGAUCCUCUUUUGAGACCAGCAGUCAUCAACGUCCGAUCUAUUUCAAUAACUCUGGUCAGUCAGUAGAGUCUGUCAAUGAUGGCUUCAGUUCCUACCUGAGAGCGAAAACUCCAUUGACCCGCUCAGACAGUGGCAAUUCCGAUGAUAACUAUGUACCCAUGAACCCUGGGUCCUCGUCCUCUCCCCUCAACGCUGCCCUGGCAGACAGUCCCAAGAACAACUACAUUCCCAUGAGUCCUGGCCCACACCACUUUGAUUUCCCGGGAUUCUCUGCCACGCUGCCAACCAGGAAAGGCAGCACGGCAUCACUGUGCCACCGCCCAGGCCGACUGAGUGACGUCACACCACCGCCGAUCAACCGCAAUCUUAAACCCAACAGAAAAGCAAAGCCAACACCUCUGGACCUGAGGAAUAACGGCAUCAUUGAUGAGCUUCCUUUCAAGAGCCCUGUUACCUUGUCCUGGACCAGACCCAUGCCUGUUAUGAAUUCCAUCUCCUCGCAACACUGUCGACCCAUCUCCACCCAGAGCAUCACCAGCACCGAUUCUGCAGACAGCGAGGAGAAUUAUGUGGCAAUGCAGAACCCAGCAUCUACCUCGCCGGCAGUGAGCGGUACCAGCAGCCCUGCUCCUAGGAAAUGUGGUAACGUCGAUUAUCUGGCUCUAGAUUUCCAGCCUGGCUCCCCUGGUCCACACAGAAAGCCCUCCACCUCUUCAGCGACGUCAGAUGAGAAAGUGGACUACGUCCAAGUGGACAAGGAGAAGACGCAGGCCCUUCAGAACACCAUGCAGGAGUGGACGGACGUACGGCAGUCCGGUGAGCCGACCAAAGGCAUCAAGUCCUGACAGAAUGAUAACAUGCUAAUGUGCUACUGCUGGCAGCAAGGCGACACACACUGCACGUGGGCCUCAUCACCUCCUUUCCCAAUAGACUGGUGUGCCAUGAUACUAGAGACAGACUGAGUCAAAGCAGACAGAAGAAACAGCAGAAUGUUUCACAUGGAAUGACCUUACAAGAUGGAACCCAAAGCCAUAACAAACACUUGGUCUUAUGAGGAAAAAAACAGCCAUUAAUCAUCAAAGACUUGCCUUGCCUGAAAACUGGCAUCUCUGCGUUAUGUGAUAUGUGAUUUCAUUUGUGCAAGAUAAAAAAAAAGAAAAAGAAAAAGCUGUCUGUGCUGAUUGCCUCAACAAAGAUGAAUCCUAAUUAGUGCAGUUGCAUGAGAAUAUUUUUAUUUUAGAGUGCAAUAUGGAUCACAAAGAUCAUUGAUUCAUGGAAAGUCGUCUUUAGUGUAGUGUCAUUACUAUUGACAAAUGGGCGUUGCAGCAAAUUUAAAGAACUGUGUUCUUUUCAGAGUUGAGUGAGUUUACAAUGACAACUUGCCAGUCACACUGACUUGCAAUCUGACUUGUAUCGAUUGUGAGGAGGAAGAAAGCUGAAUAAGGUUAUCACUGGUUCACCAAACAUGAGACUCAGCGCAAAUGUUAAAACCCAUUUGUGUUUAGGGUAAAGAACAAGCUUUUCCAUUCAUUAAACUACAGCCGAGCAUUUUAGCUGAGCUGGGCAUCGAGGGGUCUUCAUCCAUGCAGAUGCCCGGUUUUAGCUUAGGUGUGCAUGUUUGGUAGGGAAGACUAUGAAGAGAUUAAAGCUGAAACAUUCCCGCUUUACUGAUUCAGCAAUAAAUUGGAAUGUUCUUGUCCUUGCCAAAAGGUGUGCUUAUGGACAAAAUGAUCUUUGUCUCUGUAUAAAAUAGAAUACAAUAUAGAAGAGACAGUUAAUAUUGAAGUUGUUCUUGAGGACGUGGUGCCCAGAUAUGCAUAUUUUCUCGCACCUGAAUGGGCCAUUUGCUAAACUGGAUUCUAGGCUAUACUGGUAAUCACAUGACAUUGUGUAAGGAAAGGUCAAAUAAGGACUGAAUGGAAAACAUGCAUUAAUUUGUCAUUAAUUACAUUUACAGGUGUUCCUAAGUUCUUUUUUGUGACUGUGAGUGCACAUGGUUUAUUUACCGAAUUCUUUCAAUAAGAUAUUUAAUGUGGAUGUUACAAGUUACAAAUGCAUUUGUGGUAUUUUCAUCUUCCAGUCUACUGGUUCCUCCUGCAUGGUAACUGUAUUGGACCGAAAGUAAAGCCAUACUGACCUACUUGUCAUUCCAAUCAAUCACUUUUGGUGCAGCUCCAUGUAAACUCUUACAUCUAAUGCUUUAUGUCUAACCAGAUUAGUAGGAGGUCAAGACUGCAAGUACCAGUAGCUCACUACUGUUCAAAUAUCCAAACUAACAAGCAUAAUUAUGAAAGUCUUUAAGAACUAGGCACGAUACUUCAGGUUGUUCAGUGUUGAAAAUCUAUUAAGUUACAGUUAAAAUCUGCAUAUUUACAGCAAAGUUAAAGUCUGGGUCACUUGUCAGGACUUCUGUGCUACAUUUCCAAGAGAAUACAGAGAGCAGUGCCAAUUAUAUGCCAAUUCCUGUAUUAGCGAUGAAUUUGUAUUGACAUUCUGGCCAAAAAUGCUAAUGUAGUUCCUGUUUUAACUGCUGUCAUAAAAUGCCUUGAGCUCAGGCUGGAGCGAUUAUAUGGACAGCUACAAUCACAUAUGACAAAUGAUAUAGAGUGAAUUCGAGCUUUUCAAUCAGAAAAGAAAAAAAAUACUGUCAUUUCAGUCAGGUUUAAUUUUUUAAUGGUAGGCUGGGACCUCCAAAAUAUACAUUUGUAUUGCGUUUUAAGAACGGUUAAUGUCUUGAGACAUUAUUUAUGCCUUUGAAAAAUGCCAUGACAUGUUCAUACUAUUCAUAGCCAUUUUCUAUUUAUUGUUUUCUAGCUUUUGAUUAUUGAACACUUCAAGUGAAGGAGGGAGACGGGGCUGAUCUACAGUCACUCUGUGGUCCAGGUCCUCCCUUAGCUUGUAUAUGGAUCAGAACCAGUUGUCAAUGUGGAUUAUGGGACUGCCUUUUUUGUUUUUAUAACACUUAUGUUUUAAACUUCUGGGGAUGAAUUUCUGUGGUAAUGUUGCACUGGCAUUUCCCUCGUUGAACUGUGAUUCUGCUGAAUGGCUAAAUGACUGAAAUUGGUUGUUUCCAUGCCUUUGUCUAUGAUGAAUAUGAAAUGUAAUGUGCUGUCCUAGGAGAGUACUCGUAAGUGAACUGAAUAUCUGUGUUGUGGUAGAGUGUAUGCUGUAGUUUGUUGAAAGAUCUGUUGUCUGAAAAUGAUAGAAAAAACAGUUCAAUUUUUCAUUUACUGAGUUCACUUUUGAGUAAUGUACAUUUUGUCUUAUUUCUAUUACUACUGUAAAGCAUUUCUAUCCGACUGCUUGUGAAUUAAUUUAUUAAUUUAUUAUGUGUUCACAGGAAGGAAACCUGUAAGAAUGACAAUUUGUGGCUCUACUAACAUUAAUUUAUGCUAUGUGUCUCAAUUUUGUGAAGCAAUAUGCCAAGUAAAGCCAGUAAAAUGGUCAAAUGUGGUACUUUUGGGAUACACAAAUACAUUUUGUUAUUCCGUGAUAUUAUAUACUCAAAAUGUUGACAAAAAUAAACUGCAGUGCAAACACAA